AUGUGGAGUUGCGGGAGCCAGGAUCUGGCACUCAGUUCUCUGACCUGUGUGACGGCACUCACAACGGUGCAGCGUUUGACACACCAUCGGAGGCUGUCCUACAACACGGCGUCUAACAAGACGAGGCUGUCCCGAACCCCUGGUGAUAGAGUUGUUCACCUUUACACCAAGGAGGUUGGGGAAGCACCAGGGUCUGCGUGUGGCGUGUGCCCAGGCCAACUUCGUGGAGUUCGAGCCGUGAGACCUAAAGUCCUAGUGAGGUCGUCUGAAACGAGAAGACAUGGCAGCAGGGCCUGUGGCGGGCCCAGGUGUGCCACAGGAGUCUGUGACAGGGUCGAGCGUGUUUUCCUUAUUGAGGGGCAGAAAAUCAUUGGGAAAGUACUGAAGGCACAAGCCCAGAGUCAGAAAGCUAAAAAAAAACCCAAAAAACCUGAAGCUCCUUUGAACUUGGAGGUGAAGAAGCAUCAACCCGAAAAUAUCAAUGCUGCAGACAACAAAAACCCCAACAGAAGCCCCCUCUCUCAGCUAAAGGAUCAGGAGAGCAGCAGCUUGGCCAGACAGAAAGGUCUCAGACAACAACCACUCCACUCCAGGCAAACACCACAGCCCAUUGAAACCCACCUAGAGAAGCCCAGUGCGACCCCAAGUUCUACCCCCAUGAGGCUGCAAUGA